UUAGUUGUCAUAAUAUUUUUUUUUUGUACCUUGCUGUCAUAUGUAUGAUAUGUGAUGUACUGUGUAGCUAAAUAUUUAAAUUAUAAAUUAUGGUGUGCGGCAUGUGAGAUCGUUUUGUAAUAUUUAGAUACUUGAUAGAAUUUAAAAAAUAGUUACUGUAGGUGUAGGUGGCAGUGGGUGAUUGGUUGGGUUGGUUGGUCUAAAUCGUCUAAACCAAGUAGGCAAGUAAUACAGCUGUUUAUAUAAACUGAUCUACAUUUACACGAUAAAUUAACAAUUAACCUUAUAUGAGCAACAUUCUUUUUUUAUUACUUUUUAUAAAAUAAUAACAAUAAUAAUAAUGAUUAUGUGAUUGAAUACUGGUGAAAGGUGUAAAAAAAAUAAAUGAUAAAUCAUGUUCUUCCCAAUUGGUUGGCCAAGGGUUUUAAAUCCAUCAGAGCCUGAUGAAAUAAAUGCAAUUGUAUGUAACAGAGAUAAAAUAUUAUUUGCUAUUUUAACAAGGGAUACAUUGUCAAUUUGGUAUUGUAAACCUUGCGUUCCAAUUGUUUUUAAUAGACGUACCAAAGAUUCUAUUGAAAAAUAUGGUGAAAAUUUAUUGGUACAGUGGAAACCUGAUUCCAGUAUGUUAACAAUUGCGACUUGUGAUAGUUAUUUACUGUUUUAUCGAUUAUCUGACAGUGGAGGUGAUAAUCAUGGUCUUUAUGAACAAAAAGAUUCACCAGUAUCAAGUUUACGUCGUGAUAGUGCUGAACUUUUUAUAAAAGAAGUUAUUCCAUCUCUUGUAUUGACAUUUGUUAUACCAGUAUGGAUUGAUGGUGGAAUAAGUUCAUUAGUAUGUAUAAGAGAUGAACUUAUGGUUGCAACUAAAACAAGUAUUAUUAUAAGACAACGAUGGGAAGGUUCUACUAAUCGUGAUUACUCAUUAGAUCUUAAAAGAAUUCCAUUUAGUGUUGAUCAACAAAUAUCAACAGUUGCUGUGCCAAUAACUGAUAAUAAUAUUUAUGUAACAGAUAUUGAAUAUUCUCCAUUAGUUGGAGGUUUUGCAAUUGUUCUUAGUAAUGGUAAAGCGGCAUUUUUAACUGCUCAAUCAUUAAAAUUUGAUCCAAAUCAAGUACAAGGUAUAUGGGCUAAAGAUUUAGAUGAUGCAACGUGUGCUGCCGUUAAUCAUAAAUAUAGAUUGAUUGCAUUUGGAUGUAAAAAUUCACAUGGAGUUGUCUAUUAUGUUGAUGAAACAACUGGUAGUCUUGAAGUAUCUCAUACACUUUGUUUAUCCUCAAAAGACUAUCCAGGUAAACCUGGUAGUGUAACAUGUCUCAGAUGGACACCUGAUAGCUGCGCUAUUGCUUUAGCUUGGGAUACUGGAGGUUUAGCUAUUUGGAGUACAUUUGGAGCACUUUUACUCUGUACAUUAAAAUGGGAUUAUGGUUUACAUGUUGAUCUUACUCGUGAUAAUCCUCUCUGUGUUCAUACAAUGGAAUGGUCAGCUGAAGGUUAUCAAUUAUGGAUGCUCAGAGAAUCCCCAAAUUGUUUGUCAAUAAAACAAGAAAAUAAUGUAAAUCAACUCUCGGAUAAUCAAAAAUGUUCAUUAGUUCAAUUAGAUUUUGUAAAAAGUCCCCUGACAGUAAAUCCAUGCAUGGGACAUCAUGGGCAUUUAUAUCUCCAAGGUGAAGAUCGUUUAUAUCUUAAUUUAGGUGGUGUAGCAACAGAUACACCAAGUUUUCAUUUAGGAAAUGAUAUUUCAAAUGAUACAACUUGUCAAACAUUAGCCGGAUCGAAACAGUGGUUAGUAGUUCCAAUACCAAGUGUAUAUAGUGGUUCAAAUUGGCCAAUUCGAUAUACAGCAAUAGACAAUGAAGGACAAAAUAUUGCUGUUGCUGGACGAACAGGAUUAGCACAUUAUUCUUUAUCAUCACGUAAAUGGAAACUUUUUGGUAAUGAAAGUCAAGAAAAAGAUUUUAUAGUUACUGGUGGUAUUUUAUGGCAUCGAGGAUUCAUGAUUGCCAGUAGUUAUUCUAUUAUUGAAGAUAAAGAUGAAAUAAGAAUUUAUCCACGAGACACAAGAUUGGAUAAUAAUUAUGUUAAAAGUAUCAGAAUGCCGUCACAAGUAUUACUUGUUAAUACAAUGAAAGAUAAACUUGUUACAUUUUGUGCAAAUGCUCAAGUCAGUAUAUUUGAUAUGACACUUGAAGGUAUUGAAGGUGUAGGAACUAUUGAAUUAACAAGAACCCAAAUUGUUGAUAUUGGUGGACUAUGUGUACAUCCAGCUUGUGUUGUUAGUGCAACAUUAACUACAAUACGAGCUGAAACAGCUGGUAGUCAUCCACAUCCUGAAAGUUUAAUUUUAAAUGUGUCUGGAAAACUUUUAAUGGUACAACGUGAAUAUUGUACCGAUGAUAAUACUCAAGUUUUAUUUACAUGUGGAUCUCCAAAUGUUUUGGCUUCUUGUGUUGAAAAUUUUUGGGUACCUUGGCAAUCAAUAAGAGAUAAACCACAUCUUACAGAAGCAUUGUGGUUAUUUUGUGGUGCUCACGGAAUGAGAGUUUGGUUACCAUUAUUUCCUCGUAAUCAUCAGGACAAUGCUCAUACAUUUAUGAGUAAAAGAAUAAUGUUGCCAUUUGAUUUAAAAAUUUAUCCACUGGCAAUACUUUUUGAAGAUGCUAUUAUUCUUGGUGCUGAAAAUGAUACUGUUUUAUAUACAUCAGACAGUAAUUCACCAUUUUCAUUACCCUUUAGUUUACUUGAAUUGACAAGUCAAGUUUAUCUUCAUAAAAUACUUGGGCAACUUAUUCAUCGUAAUCUUGGUUAUCAUGCAUGGGAAAUAGCAAGAUCAUGUGUAUCAUUACCAUAUUUUUCACAUUCAUUGGAAUUAUUACUUCACGAGGUACUUGAAGAAGAAGCAACAAGUAAAGAACCAUUACCAGAUGCUCAAUUACCAAGUGUUGUUGAAUUUAUACGUGAAUUUCCUGGUGUAUGGGCAAGAGCAGUUGUACAAUGUGCACGUAAAACAGAAAUAGCACUGUGGCCUUAUUUGUUUUCAGUUGCUGGUUCACCUAAACAAUUAUUACAAGAUUGUUUACAGCGACAACAAUUAGAUACUGCUGCUAGUUAUUUAAUUAUUCUUCAAAAUUUAGAACCAUCAUCAGUAAGUAGACAACAUGCAACAUUAUUACUUGAUGCGGCAUUAGAACAAGGAAGAUGGGAAUUAUCGCGUGACUUGGUACGUUUUCUUCGUGCAAUUGAUCCAAAUGAUGUUGAAUCACCUCGAACUUCAUGGGGCGGUACUGCCAGUAGUAAAUUAUCAUCAGGUCCACCUCCGACCCCAUCAGUAUCACCACAUGAAGAAGAUCUUUCAUUAGUUCUUGGAACAAUGCAAGUAUCUCGUAGUCGUAGUUAUAGUACAACAGUAAAUCCUAAAUUGCAAUAUAAUAACGAUAUAAUAAAUAAAGAUCAUCCACCACCACCUUCAUCAAUGUUGGAAAAAACACGUAAUGCAGUAUUACGACGUAAAAAAUCUGUACCAAAUAUUAAAACUGAAAAAAAUAUUAAUAAUAUUAAUAAUAAUAAUAAAGAAUCAUCUGCUGAAGAAUUUUUUAUUGAUGUUAUAUUACAGAGACACGCAAGACGUUUACUUUCAGCACGUAGACUUGCUGAUUUAGGACAUUUUGCUGCACGUUUAGAUUUUCAUUUAGUUACUUGGUUAGCCAGAGAACGUGAAAGAGCUGCUAAAAUUGAUGAUUUUGUUGUUGCUCUUAAAGCUGUUCAUGAAGAUUUUUCAUUUCCUUAUCCUACUUUAUCAUUAUCAAAUAUUGAAAAAUUACGAAGACCUAGUCAAACUAUGUCUACUAGAUCACGAUCCAUUGAAUAUACUGAAAAUGAUACACAAACAACUACAACAUUUACAAAUAAUAUAAAUAUCAAUAAUAAUAAUAUAUCAGCAUUAACAACAACAACAACAGAUUUACCAGCAGAUAGUGGUUAUACUAGUUUACCAAGUGUUAGGCCACUUUAUGGAGGUUUAAUGUCAUCAGUAUCAGCAACAAUCCUUGAAACACAGUUUCCUAUUGUUGAAACAAAAUUAACGCCUAGAGUACAUCAUGAUACUACAAGUGUACUAAGUGAUACCAGUACUAUAUGGCGUGAUGAUGUUGAUUCAAUUGUUGGAACUUGUUGGGUUUCCAAUGAUACAAUCGAACCAACAGAAAUAAUUAAUUCAACGUCACUAUGUGGUCCUACAAGUCGAGCUCAAAUUCAAGUUAGAUAUCUUCUUCAAUUAUUUUUGGAAGCCGGUUGUGUUGGAUGGGCAGCUGUAUUAACAACUAUGCUAAAAGAUGCUUCAGCAAUGGCAAGAACUAUACGAGCAGCUCAUGCUCCUAUGCAAACAUUAGAUUCAAUAAUAAAUCUUCGCGAUGGAAUUCUUACUCUAACGAAAUGGUCACAAUCUGAAUGUCUUGGAUACAGAGCAUUUGUGUCUGGAAUUCAAAGCCAAACCUCAUUGCUCAAUCGUUUAAUUGUUGUAAAACAACAACAGCAGCAACAACAACAACAACAACAACAACAACAACUGCAACAACAACAACAAUUAAUUCAACAGCAAGAACAACAUGUACGGCAUCAGACAGAACAAGAUAUUGUUGAUAGUCGAUCAUCGAGUCCCACCCCUUCAUUUGGAAGCAAUCAACGUGCAAAUAUUUCACGUUCAAGACAUUCAUCAGUAAGUCAUGCUUCUACAGCUGCUGUUGCUUCUACUAUUGAUGCAACGACAACAACAACAUCACCAACAAUAACAGUGCCAGAAGACAAAAAAUUUUUGGAUAAUAAAGUGUUUUCGUCUACAAGCAAAGAGACAAAUCGUGUUGGUAGUAACUAUGAAAAUAUUGAUAAUGAUCCUCAGCAACAGUCAACUUGUGUAAUCUCUUAAAAUAAUUAUUAUUAUUAAACAGGGUUUUAUUUUAUUUUUUAUUUUACCACAAUCAUCAGUACCUUAGCAUUGCUCAAUUAAUAAAUUAAACAAUAUUACUGGAAAUUCAUAAAUUUAAAAGCGAUUUGCCUGAAUAUGUCGAUAGACAAUCAAAUAACAACUGUUAUUUUUAUUAUUAUUAUUAUUAUGAUAUUAUGUACCAAUGCCCCUGACUUUGUAUUAUAGCAAUAACGCAAGAUGGAUGAUUGUAAUAUAUGUCAAUGUGCUUGCGAUUCAAAAGAUGAUCUUUAGUCUUAAUAUUUCCGUGUUUGUCAGAGACAUAAUUAUUUUUUCCUAACUAUUAUUUAUAAUUUUUAUCAUUGAAUUUUUGAAAGAUAUAACAGGGUCUUGUAAAAUUAUUAGAAUUUUAUCUAAGUGUAAAUAUCCAAACAAUAUUAUUAAUUAUAAAUUGGCGGAGCAAAAUUAUAUCGCAAUCGGUUGUCAAUAUUUUAAAUUGCUCACUAACUAGAUUUACCAAAUGAUAAAAUAAUAUUAAUUAACGAAUAGAAAUUAUUUAUAUCUUAUAUUUAUAAUAAACAAACUAAUUCUAAGAAGAAUAGAAAAACAGACAAAGAGAGAACGAAAACAUAUAUUGAAAUAAAAAUUAAAAAUAUAUUUAAUGAUAUUUUCACACAUUUUGAUCUAAAAAAAUUAUUUUCCAUUCGAUUCAUCCCAUCAUAAUAUUAAUUCAAUUGUUUAAUGAUAUAUUACAGAGAGUUAUUUUUAGAAAAAUAUAAUUAUUGUAAUCUCAUAUAUAACACAGAUAAUUUUAAAAAUUGAGCAUUAUUAUAAAUAUUAUUUAUCGCUUGAAUGGCAAAAAAAGACGAAGAAAAAAAUACAUUCAUAAUAAAGAGAAAUAUAUUUUUUUAUAAUAGUUAUCUGUCGAUCAACGGCAGUAAAAAAGCAAAUGAAAACUAACAAUAUAAAAGAGUUUCAACACGAAACAAGAACUUAAUUAAUAUUUAUCACACUGAGGAAGAUAGUUUAGUUUAGUAUAUUUGAUAUUUAUAUGUAAAAAAUAAAUUUUUAGAUUUUAUAAUUCGUUGAAAAAAAAAGAAGCUGGAGCAUUAUAAUUAAUUAUACUAGCAACAGCAGUAAUAGUAGUAGUAUAUUGUUCUCAGCUUCCUGUUAUAUCAUCAAUCAUUGUACACUUAUAUUCUGCUGUUAAAUGACCACCAGAAUAAAAAUUAUCCAUCACAUGAUAGGGCAACGAUUCAGAGUGAUUAACUAUUACUGAUGUUGAUAGUUUGGGUUAUAUGGCGCUUGCUUGGCGUACGGCUCGGCAGUAUAAGGUGGUGGUUGUCCUUGAUAUGCCGAUGCUGAUACUAUAUUUUUAUUUUUAACACAUGAAAAAAUUAAUUAAUAUAUAUUAUUAUUUUUAUUAUUAUUAUAUAUUUACUUAAAAAAAUUACCUUGAGGAUUUGAAGCGGGAUAUGGAGGAUAAAUAGUAUGAAUGGUUUGGUUUGGCAUUGGAUUACUCCCCGGAUGGACUACUACUACACCUGGUUGAACUCCUGGAACAGAAAUAGGGAUUUUUCUUUUUUAUCCUCAAAUAAUAAAUAUUUUCUUUAUUUUUUUCACAGUAAAUAAUAUUUAUUUUUAUAAAAAAUGUCAUACAAAUUUCAAGUUGAAAAUGGAACAUAUUUACUAUAUGUAUAAAAGUAUAAUAUUAAUUAUUAUUAUUAUCGUUAUUAUUGUCAAUUUUAUAUAUAUAUAAAGAAAUGGAAUGUAUGUUGUAUUAACUUAUAAAUUAAAUUUUGUUCUUUUUAAUAAGCACGUAACCAGUACAUACUUAAUACACUAAUACAAAAAAUACUGAUAAUAUAAGAAGCGAUUAUAAAUUCGAUAGCAAAAUAGCUAAGAAAAGCAUUUAUAUAUAAGUAAUCAAACCAUUAGUGAACAUUACAAACUAAUGGUUGUUAUAAAAGUUUUGUCUUAAUAAUGUACGUUUUUAUAUGUAGUACGCAAUUAUUUGAAUAUAAUAUGAAUAUUUUGGAAUGAAUAAAGUAUCGAACAUGAUCCUUUGAGUGAUACUCGUUGGGUAACGUGAUGCAGUUAAGCAUAACCGGAUCCUGAAAAAAAAUGACUCAUCAGUCUUUUAAUAUAUCUACUAUUUUAUUUUCAACCCAUUCAAUUUUAUCGCGUAUUGUUGACAUUUUUUUUUUUUUUUUUUUUUU